GCAUUAUCGUCAUUUAAUGAGAAAAACGGUAAAAGGUUUCAUCUCGGUAUAUAAAUCAACAAAGCCAUCGUUGAAAAACCCUAGCCGGCUCAUCUGUGCAAGCACUUUCUCUUCUGUUGAGAUGGCGAAGUCUAAGAAUCACACAGCUCAUAACCAGUCCUACAAGGCCCACAAAAAUGGCAUCAAGAAGCCCAAGAGGCAUCGCCACACUUCCACCAAAGGGAUGGACCCCAAGUUUCUGAGGAAUCAGAGGUACGCUAGGAAGCACAACAAGAAGAGUGGGGAAACUGCUUCCGAGGAAGAGUAAAGUGGCAGCACUUUCUAACGGAACCUUUAGGGUUUUUUAAGCUUUGUUUUUUCUUUUUUCUUUUAAACGGUAAACUUUGUUUGAAAUCAAUUUUCAGUAGUAUAAUUACUUUGUUCAGAGAAUGCAGUACUCUUUUAUAAUUUUGUUUUUCUGCUUUCCGUGGAAGAAGACCCUUGCAUUCCUUUUUAUCAAAUGGAAUGAGUGUUAACUUUUUAAUCAUUUCUGUGGGUGAGAAUUGAAUAUUUGUUGUCUUAA